AACUGCCGUAGCACAACACUGACCGCAACCGUGGGCGUGGUCUGUCAGCAUAUCUCAGUCAGACUACAAACUCUUCACUCGAGAUCUGACUCAGUAUUUCACGAGAGCUCAUAGUGUUAAGGUGUUUCGCUCCGUCAGCUGCAGUACAAGAUGAAGCCAUGGGGCGAGAAGGAGUUUUGGGGACUCGGGGAGGAGUUUGAUCCUGACUGGCUGCUGACGGAGGAACAGAAGCAGCUUAGGACCGAUCUGAUGGAAGUGUGCAGGACUAAGAUCAGACCCAAGGCAAUCGAGUGUGAUCGCACGUACCAGUUUCCUAAGGAAUCCAUCAAAGCUUUGGGGGACAUGGGACUGCUGGGGCUCAUUAUUCCGAAGGAGAUAGGCGGGCUGGGCCAUAACCAUGUCUGUGCAGCGAUGGUGGUGGAGAUCCUGGCGCGCUACGGUUGUCCUUCCACUGCUAUGAUCUUCACCAUGCACAUCACGUCGUGCUCCACGCUGCUCUUCCGCUACCACAACAACCCUCACCUACAGCACCUCUUGCGCCGUAUCACCAAAGAGAAACUCCUUGGGGCAGUGAGCGCCUCUGACCCGGCCACAGGGGGGCAUGAUUGGUACCCAAUCUCCUCCAAGGUGAAGUACUUGAAGGAUGAGAAAGCAGUGCAGCUUCUCAAGUUUGGCUCAUGGGUCACCAGCGCCGGAUAUGCUGACUUCUACUCCAUCAUGACUGUCAGUCCGACGUUUGAAACCAGUUAUGGGAACAUGUCACUCUUUGUAGUGUACAAGGAUGAAGUACGAGCAAACACAGAUGACUGGAGUGCACUGGGUAUGCAUGCCAACAACUCGGGCCCUUUGCUGGUGGAGGGGGAGUUCAGCAUGGAGAGAAUGAUUGGUCCUCCUGGUGAUGCAGCCAAGAGCAUGGUUGAAUGCAUUGAUGUUUACUUCUUGCUGUUGACAUCAUCCUGCUGGAAUGGUAUUGCUAUGGGCUGCCUUGACAUUGCCAAGCGCCACCUCACUACCAGUGCCCAUGCUGACAUUGGCAUGCGGAUCUGUGACUAUCCAACCAUUCAGGAUGCAUAUGGGGAAUGUGUGAUAGACACAACAUCAUCACGCUCCACCGCCUUCUUGCUGAGUCAGAUGAUGGACUCUGUCUCUCACAAUGGUGACUGGGCUAUGUACUCAGACACCACUCUCAUUCCCAAGACAAAUAAGAUCCACUGGUGUUGGCAACUGAAAUUCACUGCAGCGAAGAAUGUAGCAAAUGUGACUGAGACAAUGCUGAGAGUGUGUGGUGGUACUGCCUACAAGACUGAGUUGGGUCUGGAGCGACUAUACCGUGAUGGUAAGGCUGGCUGGGUGAUGGCGCCCUCCAAUGAGGUGCUGCGAAACCUUAUUGGGCUGGCAGCACUCACAGGCUUCCCUGCCAUUGACCUGUGGGAAGAGUCCACCAAUCAACGUGUGGUGCGUCGAGAAGUGAGGAAGAUGUCACCUAGCCAGAAGGAGGCUCUGGGGCGCCAGCUGCUUGAAGAAGCUGCUCGGGAAACAUCUAACAUUGCUCCCUUGUAUCCGUACCAAGGCACAGACUUUGUGAACCCAUUCAACACAGCCCCACCUACAUUUGUUCCAGAAAUGAAGAGAAGUGAUGGAGUGGUGCAUGGAGCAGCCCUGCACCAAGACGCCUGGACCUCCCUUGCCCUCAUCUCACGCCAUGACCUCACCAGCAAAAUGACAGCCUUUACCUUUGCCCUCCCAAACCCCACAGACCACACUGGAUGUCUGCCAGGCCAGUUUGUUGCGGUACAGCUGAUGGAAUCCGGGAAGCAAUACCUCCGCUACUUCUCACCAGUGUCUCGUCCUGAUGACUUUGGGCGGCUGGAGGUGGUGCUUAAGUAUGAGACUCAGGGAAUGCUCUCCACCUUUUUCAAAAGUCUUCAGCCAGGCAACUUGGUGGAGUUCCAAGGUCCUUGUGGUGGCUUUGAGUACAAUGCCAAUCAGCUUGAUGAGAUCAUAGUGCUGGUUGGUGGAGCAGGAAUCACCCCGGCAUUACAACUUGCCCGCUGUCUUGCCCAUGACUCUACAGACAAUACUCGUCUUACUCUCCUCUACUAUUCUGACUGCUUCCAAGACAUUCUCUACUACUCUGAGCUAAAGGAACUGGAAGAAAUGUCUAAAGGACAAAUCCAAGUGAUCCAUACGCUGGGUGAGGCUCCCGAAGGCUGGAAGGGGGAGGACGGAUUCAUUGACACGGACAAAAUAAACCGCUUUGUGACUAAGCCAAAUGGAGUUAAACGUAAGGUGGUGAUCUGUGGAGGACCAACCAUGAGCAUUGCCUGUCUGUUUUCCCUUCAACAGCUAGGCUUUUCUCCACAAUCCAUCUAUAUCUAUGGCCAGUUUGGGGUAGAAUUGGUGAAGGCAGUGUAUGGGCGUAGUGCACUCCUCUCUAGCCAUGACUGUCAUACACAGGUAUGACAAGGUGUGUUAUUGGCAGUGAACAGUUAGUAUCAGUAAUUAAGGUUUUGUAGUGUGUGUAUUUGUCUUGUCCUUGUCAUUCAUUCUUUCUUUGAUGUUUUCCUUCCUGGAUCAUAUUGAGCCUUCAGAAUCUUCUCUCUUGUCUGCCCCAUUAAAGCCACAUGAUAAAAUUGUGUCAGUAA